AUGGCUUCGACUCAGAUGUCUGAUCAAUGGCUCCUCUCCUUUGACGGAACGGAGAGCUUCAACCAAGAAACAAGGGAGAUACAAAGACAAGAGGCUUAUGAGUCUCUGCAAAACGAAGAUGGGAAGAAGAAAGAGAAGGACGUAGGGCAAGCAAUCUUAGAGAGCUACUCAAGAGUAUUGGAAGGUUUAGCAUUCAAUAUUGUCACAUGGAUAGAGGGCGUGCUAUCUGCAGACAAUUACUUGCUUCCUGACCAUGUAGGCCCAUGUACCUUCCGGAUAAAUUUUUCUGCGCAUACGGAUUUGAAUGUGAAAUUUCAGAGUCACCGCAGUAGGGACUACACUAAUCCGUACCUUCCAGUUGCUCCAUCUGCCAUAGAUAGCAGUGGUCAGUUUAUUGUGGGCCUCAAUGGGAAAAAACAAGAACCUGAGAGUAAUGUUCUUCUUGCAACUAUUGAAAAGAUGCAGUGUGCAGUGAACGUCGAUAUUUUAUACAUGGUGUUUUCUGCAUGUGGACCUGUUCAAAAGAUUGCCAUGUUUGAGAAGAAUGCAGGAUGUCAGGCCUUGAUUCAGUACCCAGAUGUUCAGACAGCAAUAGUUGCCAAGGAAGCCUUGGAAGGGCAUUCCAUCUAUGAUGGGGGUUUUUGCAAACUUCACCUCUCGUAUUCCCACCAUACUGAUCUCAAUGUGAAGGAAGCUGGGUUAAGAACUAGGUGUAAGGGAUCUAAUUGUCCACACAAACCUGGUGCGGCGGGUCAGUUUCCAGUCGGGCUGGCUGAUCAGGUCAACAAUGACCGAAGCAGAGAUUACACACUUCCUGGUACUGCAAUUUACAACACCCCACCCUCAGUUUUGGGGCAACAGCCAGUUCAAAUGGUGUUUCCUGCUGCAACUCAAUACCAAUUUGCUCCAGCAACUGAUGGAAUCAUGGGUGCUCGGCCUUUGGCAGGAUGGGCACCUGCUCUUGCAUCAAUACCCCAGCCUAUGCCUAACCAUCUGUCUAAUAACGCUUACAUGCUACCAGCGGUCUUGCCCCCAGAGAUGGGCAUCGGUGCAACGCAGUUCCAGAGUGGUCAACCAUCUGUAACAACAGUGCUACAUUAUGGCAACUAACUUUUCUUAUUUUUUUUUUUUUUUUUGGGGGGGGGGGGGAGAGGGAGGUAGGGUGCAGGGGUGUUUUAUGAUCCCUUUGUAUCUGUUUUUGCGUAAUUUUCUUUUAUUUGUUUGCGGUAGCAGUCAUCCAGAAACAGUCAACUAUGCAAGCUGAGCAGUUAGAUGAUUGCUAUCCAUUUAUUUUGAUUGAUUCACCCUUUUGUCCUCUCUUGUGUCUCCCCCAACUCUCUAGAUGUUAAUUCUCCAGUAUUCACCUUUGAGAUUUUCAGAUAUUUAAGUUCAUGAGUGGCCUAAUCAA